AUGAAACAUCUGGAUGAAAUUCGCUUAAUCCUUAACAAUAACGCCCUUGACAUUCUUGCAAUUAAUGAGUCCAAAAUUGAUAAUCAGAUUUCAAAUAAUGAGAUACAUAUUGAUGGUUUUAAUAUAAUUCGUAAAGAUCGAAAUAGGUUUGGUGGUGGUGUGGUUCUAUAUGUUCGCCAAAACAUAUCAUUCUCAGAUAGAAUAGAUCUAAUCCCUGAUGAACUUGAGAUGGUCUGCAUUGAAUUAAGUUUACCCUACAAUAAAUCACUGCUAAUAAGCACAUGGUAUAGACCACCAAAUUCUCUUAUGAAUAAAUUUGAUUACUGGGCAAGCUUUUUAUCAAAAUGUGAUAAUGAAGAUAAGGAGCUAAUCCUCAUAGGAGAUCUAAAUUGUGAUGUCAGUAAAACUAUACCUGACCCUCACACAUGUAAGUUGCAAUUUUUAUGUUCUCUGUAUCAGAUAGACCAACUUAUUAAAGAAUCUACAAGGCUAACUCCUAAAUCAGCUACACUAAUUGAUUUAAUAUUAACAAAUAGACCAGAAAAUAUUUCCAGAUCAGGUGUCAUUCACCUGGGAAUUUCAGAUCACAGCCUUGUCUACGCUGUGAGAAAAUUUACACUACCGAAUGGAAGGCAAAAAAUUCGUCAGGUUCGUAACUUUAAAAACUUUGUCGAAAAUGAUUUCAUUCGGGAUGUGUCUCAAUUGCCUUGGGAGAUGGUCUAUCAGUUUGGAGAUCCCAAUUUAUGUUGGCAAGUCUGGAAAUCACUAUUAUUAGAUGCACUUAAUAGACAUGCCCCUCUGCGCCACAAGCGAAUAAGGAAUAACCCUGUCCCAUGGAUUAAUCCUCAAAUUAAAGAACUUAUGAGAAAAAGGGACUAUCACAAAAAAAGGCCAUAAAAUAUGAUUCGGAGUCACAGUGGGAAUUGUAUAAAACACUACGUAAUGAAGUAAAUAUAAACAUGCGGAAAGCAAAAUCUAAGUACUUUUGUGAUAAAAUCCAGGCAAGCUCUCAAAUGGGAGACAGUAAAAGUGGAUGGGCUUGGAUAAAUUCGCUCUUAGGAAGAAAGCAUAAGAAUGCAAAUAUUAAUGAACUGAAAGUAAAUGAUGAUAUUAUUUCUGAUGAUAAAUCUAUUACUGAAACAUUAAAUAAAUAUUUUAUAAAUAUUGGAAUGAAGAUGGCUGCUGAAUCAGCAUGUCAAAGCACUGAUGCUUUAAAUGAUCAAGUAAUUUAUGAAAGUACUGCGCUUCUUCCUAAAGAAAAUUUUCACUUCGCAGAUAUUACUAUAGAUAGUGUUUCCAAACGCCUACAAAAACUAAAUGUCUCAAAAGCGACAGGUAUGGAUGGAAUACCUGCGAAUAUUUUAAAACUGACAUCAACCCUUAUUGCUCCAUCUAUAACUUUUAUAUUUAACCUAUCGAUUAGAACUGGUAUUUAUAUAGAUGAGUGGAAAUUGGCUAGAGUUAUACCAAUUUACAAAUCUGAGGAUAAGCGUAAAUGCGAAAAUUAUAGACCAAUUUCAAUUCUUCCCAUAAUAAGUAAAAUAUUUGAAGGGGAAGUUUUUACUCAAAUAUAUAGCUUUUUGAAUAAACAUGCGCUUCUGUCUAAAUUUCAAUCCGGGUUUAGACCAAAACAUGGAACCUUAGGUGCUCUUAUACAAAUGUGUGAUCAAUGGCUACAAGACAUGGAUGAAGGCAAAAUAAAUGGAGUUGUUUUUCUUGAUAUAUGUAAAGCAUUUGACUCGGUGAAUCACGAGAUAUUAUUGGAGAAGCUUAAAACCCAGUUUGGAAUUCACGACAUUGAAUUAAAAUGGUUCCAAUCAUACUUAAGGAAUAGAAAGCAAGUGUGUUCUGUUAAUGAUCAAACUUCUUCUGCAAGAACAAUAAUAUGCGGAAUUCCGCAAGGAUCCAUACUUGGUCCAUUAUUGUUUUUGCUAUAUAUUAAUGAUAUGCCUGAUAUUCUAGAAAGGACAACCCCAUGUCUUUAUGCCGACGACACUCAGAUAUCUUCCUCUUCGCAUGAUUACGAUACAUUGAUUGACAAUUUGAAUAUGGACCUUUCCAGUAUUCAUAAAUGGCUUGCUAAAAACAAACUAAAAUAUCAUAGGAAAAAAACAAAAGUCAUGUUUAUUGGAUCUACGCAUAAUCUAAAUCAUAAAAUAGGAAAUAGACCCGUUGAGAUUAACAAAAUCCCAGUCCCACAAACCAAUACAUUUAAAUGUCUAGGUGUAAAUCUAGAUGAAAAAUUAAGUUGGGAGAAACAUAUUGAUUCUGUAUGCCAUAAGAUUAGCGCUGGAAUAGGAGCAAUUAAAAGAAUAAAACCUUAUGUUCCACACAAAACCUUACAUGAUGUCUACAAAACAUUAAUUCAGCCUCAUUUUGAUUACUGUUCUCCCCUGUGGGAUAACUGUGGUUUGGGACUUCAAGACAAAUUGCAAAAAUUCCAAAAUCGAGCAGCAAGGGUGAUUACCGGAGCUGACUACGAUGUAAGAUCGUCUGAAGUCCUAAACAAAUUAGGCUGGGAAACCCUGGCUAGGAGACGAGAACAAAACAAGCUAGUAUUGAUGUAUAAAGUCUUGGGGAACCACACUGCGCCAAACCUUAAAGAUCUUUUUUCUCGGAGAAAUGCAUCGCAGAAUAUUUAUGAUUUACGCAAUAGCGAAACUGAUCUCUCGUUAAAAAAACCGAAAACGGAAUUUCUAAAGAAAACAUUUGGAUACAGUGGAGCAAUUCUAUGGAAUAGUCUCCCGCAAGAUGUCAAGGCGGCUGAGUCAAUUACGUCAUUUAAAACAAUGGCGAAAUUGCAUUUAAGCAGAUGAUAAGCUAAUUUCUCCAGGACCAAAUGAUGGGAGGACAAUAUAGAUUGUGGGCGGGAGGGGGUUAGUUUUGCGUGAGGGUGGGUGGGUACUUGUUUAGGGGGUGGAGGUUUGGGAGGAAGAUGAUAAUAUUUUAGGGUGGGAUUCUUACAUAUUUUGUUCUAUAUAUAAUUAACAUUUAGCUCUUUGUGUGUAUACGCCCUUCGUGGAAACCAGCUGUAAAUAAUUGUCGAAGUUAGCGUAUUGAAAUAAAGUUUAAAAAAAAAAAAAAAAUAUAUAUCCCUGGUAUAUCCGCGUCCAGCAAGUUGAGACCUUGAGAAAGCUUGGCACUCAAGCUGUACGCAGAACUGACUAAUUGAAUCUUUGUUUGCUGUUCGGUUAAAUAGAGAAACUGGCUCUUAAUUAUAUAAAAGUACCUUGAAUUUUUAAGUUUAAUUAAAAAGAAAAAUGCACACUCUGCGUACAUGUUCAUGCGAAUAUAAAUUUUUUGUGUAACGAAAUCUAUAACACUUGUCAAUCAUAUUGCAUGCUGUGUCUAAAAAUAACAUGUGAGCGUCCCACGGUCUAGACAGGUUUUAUGUCAGGCCCUAUUUAAAAUUAGGGCCUGAACUUCAGGUUAAGUUAGCAUGUUCUCAUAGGUUGAUAUAUAAUUAACUAAGAUUUCCGAUUAUACGCCACGCCUCCAAAAAACUUCUUAUGCUAGGAGCGGUCAUCUCAUUGGACGAUUCUAAAUGUAAUUGACGUUUCAGCAAGAAUACUGGCAAAGGAUUGGAUAACUUCGAUCUCUGACGUCACUCUCCUGUGAUAUUGCUCGAAACCAAAUACAGUACCGUUUCGUUACUGCUGGGAACGAAACAAAAAAUAGUGUAAGCUCAAUUACUCUUCGUUUGCCAUCAUGGCGAAUGUUUGGGUUUGCAAUAUUUGUUUCGUCUUUACUGCACUAACGUUAAGAUCGUUGAUAAAACAUAUCACAGUUGCACAUGCCUCCAAACCAAAUUUCAAAGUUAAAUGUCUGAUCACUGGGUGCCCAACAGAAUAUAAGAAGAUGAACUCUUUGCGAACUCAUCUGAGAAGACGGCACAGGCAAUGCCUUGAUCUUCUUGGCACUGGCAACGAAAUAGAUGACCAGGAUCAAAGUGAUCAACCACAAGAUCAACUGCAGAGAGAGUUCCAGAAUACGUUAAGUUCAUCAUCCUCUUCAUCGGAUUCAGAAAGUGAAAGCGAGUGUUCAUAUUUG